AUGAUCAGGUAUAUAUGCAUGAAGGGUUACAAAACGAAAAAUAAGGUUCCAUUGACAUCAACAUGCCUUGACAAUGGAACCUGGAGUUCAGUUGAGCUAACAUGUUUGCCUGAAGCUGUUUUUGGCACUGACAUUUACGAACUCAAUAACACAUACUACAAACUAGUCCAGAUGGAACAGGACUGGGAAUCUGCUAAGGCGACAUGUGACGGUAUGGGUUUACAUCUGGUUGACAUCAAAUACCAGGAAGAACAGUUGUUUAUAACGGACAAUAUUGUACAUGAUUAUGAUUGUUAUUGGACUGGAGGUAGACGAAGGAAUGAUAAGUUGGUAUGGCUGGAUGGAACAGAUAUUGCUGCUAGCAACGGCUGGAACUGGGGAAAUAAUCAACCCAGUAACUAUGGCGGCUCUCAGAAUUGUAUCACUCUCAAAGAUUAUAACGGCUACAAAUGGAAUGACAAAUCAUGCUCCGACCAGUGCUAUGUUAUUUGUGAACUUGCGCAAUAA